GAAAAUGGGCGACCUGUCGGAUGAGGUCCUCAUCUCCAACAACGGCGCCGACAAUAUCAUAGAGCGCUUGGACCUCCUGUCCGGCGAGAAGGUGGACGACGAGAAGAGGAAGGACUGGAAGUUCAUGUUCCUGGAGGAAGGCGUCGGUCCCGACGAGAGAGGACAGCAGCUGAUGAGGGUCAUGAUGAAGACCCGCGACUUCUACUCAGAGGCUCUCGCCGCGAUCAGGGAGAUGGAC